UCGGCAACCUUUCGUUGGCCAAUACAAGUUCCCGAGUUAUCCGUUAUUAACCAAUAGCAAUGACAGGAAAACUCCUUCUGGCAACGGUCCUGUGCCUGAUGGGCGGCAGCGCCCUGGGCGACCAGAUUCUCGAGGGCAACUACAACGUCACUGCUUUCUGCACCUCCGUUAAACCCGGAACCCAGCUGGGCAGCAUUACGUCCUGCAACUACUACUACGUCUGCUCGAGCACCGGACCCGUUCUCACCCAGUGCCAGAGCGGCUAUGCCUACGACUAUGCCAAGAGCACCUGUGCUCCGGAGGGCCAGGUGAGCUGCUUCUGGGGCGUUGAGAACCCGUGCGCCGGCCAGAACGGCACCUGGGUGCCCAACACCGCCGUCUGCGGUGGCUACUUCUGGUGCUUGAACGGCGCUAAGGCAGGAUCCGGCAAUUGCAAGACUAACCAGAAGUUUGAUUCGAGCUCAAGGCAGUGCGUCUGGGGUAGCUGCAACAGCAAUCUGGUCGAGAGCGAUGAGCCAAACCUAAGCAGCCUGUGCGAGGUGGUGCCACCCGGCGUCUACUUCGGCGAUACUGAGAACUGCAACAUGUGGAACUACUGCCUCAGCUCCAGCACUGGUGUCACCUUGAUGACCGGCACUUGCACGGCGAAUUCCAAGACUGCCUUCAACGUUAACACCGGAAAUUGCGACUACGUCUCCACGAGCGUUUGCAGCCGUGUGACCGACAACCCGCUGAGCCAAGUCGCCGGCAGUUGCACAACGUCUGGCGCCGUAAAGCCCGACGCCACUGUUUGCGGACAGUACUAUCAGUGCAAGAACCAACAGUGGGUCGGAGUGGCCUGCCCCACCAACUACUACUUCGAUCUGACCUCUAACCUCUGCCAGCCGCGCCAGACGGCAACUCCAGUUGCGGGCUGCAAUCGUUGCCAAUAUGCCGACACGAAGUGGGUGAACGCCGUCGAUGACAGUAACUGCGCCAACUACUAUUUCUGCAACAGCAACGGCAUUGGCAGCCCGGUCUCGUGCCCCACCUCCUACUACUUUAACGAGCAGAUCCAGGGUUGCGUCUCCGACGACACACUGUCCACCUACGCAUCCACCAACGGUGCCUGCAAGGGAGCCACCGCCGCUGAUAAUACUAGUACAACGGUUAAGGACGAUGACGCUGGCACUGGCGGCGACACUGGCACCGGUGGCGAUGAUGACACUGGUACCGGUGGCGAUGAUGACACUGGUACCGGUGGCGAUGAUGACACUGGUACCGGUGGCGAUGAUGACACUGGCACCGGUGACGAUGAUGACACUGGCACUGGCACCGAGGACGACGAUGCGGCUGGCAAAGCAAUUAAGCACUAAGCGAGGAGGCUGCUCCAGCAGGUACGGAAAUGGAACUCAACACAGGACAAUGUGCAAAGAAAAUAAUACCCUUAAAUCUAUAUAUUUUUACCAUGUAGUAUUCAGUUUAUAUAAAUCGCAAUAAAUCGAUGUUCGCAAGCAAA